AUGUCACCCCCGUGUCCCCAUGUCCCCCCCAUCCCCCUUGUCCCCAUGUCACCCCCGUGUCCCACAUGUCCCCUGUGUCCCCCCAUCCCCUAUGUCACCCCCAUGUCCCCUGUGUCCCCCCAUCCCCCAUGUCACCCCCGUGUCCCCCAUGUCCCCCGUGUCCCCCAUGUCCCCCCAUCCCCCAUGUCACCCCGUGUCCCCAUGUCCCGUGUCCCCAUGUCCCCCCCAUCCCCCCCAUCCCCCUUGUCCCCCAUGUCCCCUGUGUCCCCCAUCCCCCAUGUCACCCCCGUGUCCCCCAUGUCCCCUGUGUCCCCCCAUCCCCCAUGUCACCCCCGUGUCCCCCAUGUCCCCUGUGUCCCCCAUCCCCCAUGUCACCCCCGUGUCCCCCAUGUUCCGUCCUCCCCCGUGUCCCCCAUGUCCCCUGUGUCCCCCCAUCCCCCAUGUCACCCCCAUGUCCCCCUUGUCCCCCCAUCCCCCGUGUCCCCCAUGUCCCCUGUGUCCCCCCCAUCCCCAUGUCACCCCCAUGUCCCCCUUGUCCCCCCAUCCCCCCAUGUC